AUGCUGCAUAUAAGGCUCGGGAAGCUCCUGCUCUUGGUUUUGUGUAUUGAAACAACAUGCACCAGAGAACUGCUUAUCUCCUCAUAUCAAGAAAGCCUUCAAAUUGUACACGAAGCCUUACUUCUCUCCAGACAACGACGAAGCACACCCUCGUCUUCCAUGCAUGUGUUUACAUUCCUUCGGCAAACUGAGCCUGAGACCCUGGAGAUAUCCCGAGCUGCAGAGGUUUUUCAAACAACUCUGCAGGUCCUAAAGAACAGAGCAAGACAGAGACAUAAAAGGGCUGUCACGACACCAGAAUUGCUUUCAUGGGAGGACGUGGAGCUGAUUGCAGAGCUGUCUCAAUGUCUUCCUGCAACACAUCCAGCCAUCUGUCAGCACAGUCAUCUUGAUAAGUAUCGCUCCAUAACUGGCCUCUGCAAUAACAGGCAAAAUCCUCUCUGGGGAGCAGCCAAUACUCCUUUGGUCAGAUGGCUUCCAGCUGAAUACGAAGACGGAGAGAGAGAACCCAAGGGUUGGAACCGUGGACGGCUCCAUAAUGGAUUCCAACUUCCUUCGAUGGGUGAUAUUACAUCUGAUGCACAAGGCUGCAUGCCUUUUUAUCGCUCUGUACCAGCAUGCUACGUCAGUUUUGGGUCUGAUAUUGGACAAGCUCUGCAACGACAACAGAUGAAUGCAAUCACAUCAUUCAUGGAUGCUUCGGUUGUGUAUGGCCACACCCCAAAACUGGAGUGCUUCCUCCGUGACCUCUCUGGCCUUAAUGGGAAACUCGCAGUCAACGACCAAUUCAAGGAUCCCAAAGGAAGACCAUACCUUCCUUUCGUAGCCACUCUGCCAUCAACUUGCCUCCAGGAUCCACAAGGGGAAAGAGUGGAGUGUUUCAGUGCUGGAGACAGUCGCGUCAGUGAGGGUCUGCCCCUGACCUCUUUGCAUACACUCUGGCUUAGGGAACACAAUCGGAUUGCAGAGGCAUUGAAUUGCAUUAAUGGUCACUGGAGCCCAGAGACAAUAUACCAAGAAACUCGCAAAAUUAUUGGAGCUCUGCACCAGAUCAUAACCAUGAGAGAUUAUGUUCCAAAAAUUAUUGGCUCUGAGUCUUUUGAACGUUACAUUGGAUCCUAUGGGGGAUAUGAUCCAACUACAGACCCGUCAGCCUCCAACGUGUUUGCCACUGCUGCAUUCAGGUUCGGCCACGCUACCAUCUCUCCGAUCCUCAGGAGACUGAACGAGAGCUUCCAGGAACAUGAGCACUUCCCCCACUUGAGACUGCACAACACUUUCUUCAGUCCAUGGAGAAUAGUCAAAGAAGGUGGGAUUGAACCAAUCCUGAGAGGUAUAAUUGGAACUGCAGCAACAGCUGUAAGUGCAGACAUGAUGUUGACAGAGGAGCUUACAGAAAGGCUGGUGGUCCUAAAUGUGCCACAGCACUUGGACCUGGCUGCACUGAACCUGCAGAGAGGACGAGAUCACGCGCUCCCAGGUCUCUCUUGUGUUGAAUUUGUAAAUGAUGACAAACACUGGCUGGAAGACAACUUCGGUCGGUUCCGUGAGCAUGCCUCCUACAGAGAUUUCGUGACCUUGAAGAACAAUUUCAAUGGAGUGGAGGUUGCAGAUCUUCUCACUUUCAGUCAGCUGGCCCAACUUGCAGCAACUCCCUCACAGCUAAAAAGGAUGCAAGAUGUGACCAAGAUAAUGGCAGUUAUCAACCCUGUUGACUUUGGUGCUUUCUUUGAGACUGUUUCACCAGCCAUUGAGGUAAACAUCUACAUAUAUGACACUUUGUUUUUGCUCAGAUAG